CUCUCUUUGGACUUGAAGCUUCCAGUUUUGGAUUUUCAGGUGGGUAUUUUCUUGGUGUUUACAAUGCUCUUUUUGCUUUUGCUUGUUCUUUGGAAUUGGCUUUCUUGGUUCUUUCGGGUUUGGAUUUUUGGGUAGCUUCUUUUGUACUCUUUGGAAUUGAGCUUCCAGGUUUGGAUUUUCAGGUAGCUUCACUUGUACUCUUUGGAAUUGAGCUUCCGAGUUUGGAUUUUUAG